AAAUAUUUGCAAAUUUGCAUAGUAUUAGUUGCUGCACAAACGCCGCCGACGGCAGAGCACGAAUUUAUAGUUGUAAUACGCCAACUAAUAGCCAAUUUUAUAUAAUUUUUCUUUUCUUUAUAUUGUCACGUUACAACAACAAAAAACACAGUGCAAAAAGUGUGAGCAAAAUACACGAAAUCCCAAAUUAAAUAGCAAACGGCGGUGCACAAGGAUUAUUGGAUUUUAACACACGGAAAUCAACGUCCCGCAAAGGAGCAACAGCAAAAUAUAAUCACACAAGAAGAAAGAUAAGAAACACUUAAAACACAACAAAAAUGGGUGCAAGGGAAGACGAGUACGAUUAUCUCUUCAAAGUUGUCCUUAUCGGUGAUUCUGGUGUUGGCAAAAGUAAUUUACUUUCACGAUUCACGCGCAAUGAAUUCAAUUUGGAGUCCAAGUCAACAAUUGGCGUUGAGUUCGCAACGCGCAGCAUAGAGGUCGAUGGCAAAACAAUUAAAGCGCAAAUAUGGGAUACGGCCGGCCAGGAGCGCUAUCGGGCAAUUACGUCUGCAUAUUAUCGCGGAGCUGUUGGUGCUCUGCUCGUUUACGACAUUGCCAAGCAUCUAACGUACGAGAAUGUGGAGAGAUGGCUGCGGGAGCUGCGCGAUCAUGCUGAUCAGAAUAUUGUCAUUAUGCUGGUUGGAAAUAAGUCCGAUUUGCGACACUUGCGUUCAGUGCCGACGGAGGAGGCAAAACUGUUUGCAGAACGCAAUGGCUUGAGUUUCAUAGAAACAUCAGCCCUGGACUCGACGAACGUUGAAACUGCAUUCCAAAAUAUACUCACAGAGAUCUAUCGCAUUGUGUCGCAGAAACAAAUACGAGAUCCACCGGAAGGUGAUGUUAUUCGUCCAUCGAAUGUGGAACCAAUUGAUGUAAAGCCGACUGUCACAGGUGAUGUUCGUAAGCAAUGCUGUCAGUGACCGCCUCAAGCAGCUGCAUCCCCCCGCAACAAAAACAACAACAGCCAGAACAGCAACAUUAACAACAAUUGCAAUUACAACAGCAUAAGAUGUUAUUUUUUAAACAACAAUCAGUUUGUCAUAUAUGCAUAAAUCAAGAAAAUAACGGAAGCAACCACAACAUCCGUAUAUUGAGUUAACUACAGUUUAAACUGAAUUUUAUAUUUCAAAAGCAGGUUACAGGCAUAUUUAUCGCAUUAAUGUGUAAAUUGCAAUCGCGUCAUGCCUGCAAAACUAAACACUCCACUUUCGGUUUAAACUGCAGCUUUAACUAAAAUAUACAUAUAUAUAUUUAAUGAAAUAUACAUAUAUGCUAAUAUUAAAACUAUUAAUAUUAUUAAUUUUCGCAACCUAAAUAGUUGUAUGUAAUUCCCAAAAAAGCAAAACAAAAAAGAAGCUGAAAAUCUGA